CCCAUUGACUUCUUGAUAAAACUUGGUUUAUCUACGCUUCGACAUUUAACAGUUAGUUGAUUAGAUCAGAAGUAUAUAUCUGCAGCAGAUUGCCGAACAUGUACCUGUGAGUAACCCAAGAAUACAGUGUCUGACGGUUCCAAGUCCGUAAAAAGGGGAGGACAGAAAAUAUUGCUGGUAACUCUGCCAGACAAGGUUUUGCUGGUAACCCUGCCAGACAAGGUUUGCCCAUCCCGAGCCGUGACAAAGGAGAGGGUUGUAAAAGGCAAAUGAAACAAACAACAGUCCAUUUAUUUGAAUAAAGAUGGUAUUUGAAUGCACAUUUUCGGAGAGGAAAUUGAGAUGGGGUACGUUUGGAUCGCUGAUCUUACAUAUCUGCCAGACAGGCAUUUUCCUCGGACUGAUUUCGGGAUGGCGUUUUAAAUAUCCAACGUCUUCACCACCUGAGACUAACACGCUGUGUAUGACAUGCGAUGAUCUCAAACCACCCCUAUAUAACUUUCUAGACAUCGAUAAGGAAAUCUAUGCUCUUCGACAAAGCCAUAACUCUUCACUAUGUUGCGGCGACGUCAACAAAGUCUUGCAGCUUCAAAUUAAAAAGGAAGUGUCUUUGCAAUACUACGACACCAGCGAAUCUGCUUCAGGUAUAAUUACAGAAUCGUUUAUCAAAGACUGUGAGCUAGAAAAAGACACGAAGACACCUAAAGCUAAGCUGGUCGGUUUAGUAGAUAGCGUUCCAAGUUUCAUUGUUAAAGACAAUUCAAAACUUCGAUGGAAUAAAAACAGCCGCACAUUUACUGCGAACAACUGCAUUCAUCUUGAACUUGAAGGGGAAAUCUUCAUCAAAACACCAGGCUACUAUAUAGUAUCUUCAACGUUAAAUGUUAAUGCUACGGGAAGUAAGACCACAACAACAACUUUCAGCCACAAUGUUAACCUACUGUCACACACAUUUGGAACGACUGGUGUUCUUAUGCAACGAAAUAGAUCCAUCAAAGACUCAGAAGGCGGUGUGUUUACAAGUUUUAUAUCUGCGUUUUUUAAGCUCCAAAAGUAUGAUAGGAUCUCUGUUUCUGUCAGCCACCCAGAAUACAUAGCUCGUAACUCUUCUGAUGACACUUUUAUUGUAUAUUUUACUUACAAUUUGAACUAAUGUUCAACCUAUAUAAUUUGAUAAUUUGAGGAAGUUUUUACAAGAUUUUGUGCUAAGUGUUGUAUACACUUUCUUUUUAUAAAAUAUUAAUUGUAGAUGUGUCGGUGGACUUUUCUUGAGUAUACCAGUCGAUUUAUAAAUUGGUAUUGUACUCAUAUGCUUUUGCUUUAAACCUUUACACAGGUCAAUAACUUCAUUUUGAGCAAAAACUUCACCUUAAUAUAGCCAUUACGUAGAACUGAACUAAACAUAUGAUCGAAAGUAUUUUUGAAAAAACCCACAGUAUAGCAUAUACCAAAACGAAACAAGAAAAUUAAUUGCUUUUUCCAAUUACGCAUUUUAUACUCACGGUUUUUAGCUUUGCAUGUAUAUACAAGGAUUGACGUGGUCUACAAUAGUGAUGCACUUAAAAAUUUAUACAUAAGCCUGCACAAUAAUCCCUUAUAUAUUCAAUUGAAUUUUGCUGAAGUAAUAUUGACUUAUUUCAAACAAAAUGAGAUCAUUUCUAUUAAUAUAUGCUCUUUAUACUCCCUACAAUAACUCCUAUGAAUAACAGUUCAUAAAAUCAUUAUAUUAUGAUGAAGCGUUACAUUUCAUUUUGUUGUAUAAUUACCUUAGUAUAGCUUUUUUAAUACAAGUGUUUUGUAUUUUGUAUGAGCAAUUCUACUAGUUCUUAAAAUGAAUAAAUCAAAAACAUAAAUAUUAUUUAUUUUAUUAUCUGACCAAAUAUUACUGUUUCUGAUUUUCAUGUUGUAUAAUUAAGUUGCAUUCUUUUAUAAUUAUGUGUUAUUAAUCAUGAUAAUUAUUAUCUACAUGUACAAUUAUUUAUUAUACUAAUUAUUUACAUCUUAUCGUAUUCAAUUUCUAGUUAUGUUUUUUAUGUUUUUUGCAUGGUGUAUUCAUUGAGAUAUUUUGAUCAUUCGUUAUAUUGAUCUAAAUCAGAGACAUAACUUGUAUAUACGUUAAUUCGGUAAAUAAAUUAUCUCUCUCUUUUGUA